UAAAUGCAUAAGAAAAUGGAGUGGUGCUGUUUGAAACUUUUGCACGUGUGGAACAUAUUUGAAUACAUCAUGAAGAAAAGUGAAUCGGAUGAUGAAUCAUUAGGAUUUGAAAUGGGAAAAUUAAAAGAAAAGGAUCCAGAAUUUUAUAAAUUUUUGGAAGAAAAUGACAAGGAAUUAUUAAAUUUUGAUGUGUCUGAUGAUGAGGAUUUUGAAGAUGAUGAUGAAAAGAUGGAGACAGAAGAUUUUGAUGAUGAAGAAAAUGACUCUAUAGCAGAUAAAAAAAUAAACAAGAAGCUUUUAGAACAAUGGAAAACAGAACUGAAGGAGAAACAUGAUGCUAACACAAUAAGAAAAAUUAUUUCUGGGUUCAAAGCUGCAGUGCAACAAGCAAGUGGAGAAGAAAUGACAGAUUAUAAAAUAGAUGAUGAUGCAGCAUUCAAUCAAAUUAUAUAUUUAUGUCUCACCGAACUUGUGCCUGCUUUGCAUAAAUUUUUAAAAUUGCCAAAUCCAGUGAUGUCAAAAAAUGAAAAUCAAGUGAAUCCUACAAAAUGUAAAAAUUGGAAGAAAAUUUCUAGUUCUGUGAAAGCAUAUUUGAAUGAUAUUAUUAAGCAAAUGUAUAUGGAUUAUGUAAAAAACUGUAAAUUUACAAGCAAAACAUUAUGGCCUUCAAUCAAUUUUAUGAAAAGAUCAUUGGUGGAGUUAUAUUCCUUAAAUCUUUCAGUAGCUUAUCAACAUGGUUUUGUGUUCAUCCGUCAGUUGAGUAUACAUUUACGCAAUGCAGUCACAAUAAAGAAAAAGGAAACCAUUCAGACUAUUUAUAAUUGGCAGUACAUUCAUUGCUUGUUGUUUUGGAUGAGGUUGUUAUCAACACUAAAUCAAAGUGAUCCUCUAAAAAGUUUAAUCUAUCCUUUAGUACAAACAACUAUUGGAACAAUAAAUUUGAUUCCAACACCCAAAUAUAUUCCUCUUCGUUUUCAUCUUGUCAAAGGUUUGAUGCUUCUGUCUAAGGAUACAGAUACUUUUAUUCCUGUUUUGCCAUUUAUAUAUGAGACUUUGAAUAUUGUGAAUUUCAAAAAGAAACAUACUUCACUCAGUAUGAAACCAAUGGAAUUUGACUGUGCUUUAAAACUGUCAAAAUCUCAACUGCAAGAAAAUGGCUUUAAAGAUAAAGUUGUUGAGCUAGUUUAUGAUACAAUGCUGGAAUAUUUACAGUCUCAGUCUCAUACUAUUGGUUUUCCAGAGUUAGUAUUACCAACUGUUGUUCAUAUUAAAUCAUUUUUAAAAACCUGCAAAAUUUCCAAUUACUCUCGAAAAUUAAAGCAGCUGAUUGAUAAAAUUCAAGAAAAUUCUACAGAAAUUACAAACAGGAGAAAAUCAGUUACUUUCAAGUUGUCAGAUUUUGAUGCCAUUAAACAAUGGGAAAGAGAAUUGAAAGAAAGAGGCACUCCAUUAGUAAAAUUUUAUGAAUCUUGGAAGAAAAUUCAACAGUCUGUAAUAAUUGAAAAUGAAGAUUCGUAGAUUCAGUGGUUGGAUAUGGUCCACCAUAGAAAUUGUAUCAUUUUGUAUAAAAUAAAAUUUCAUACUUUUGGAAAAGCUGUUUAGAAUUUCA